GUUUAGCGUACUGUUUAUUUUCGAAUAAUUUACUAACCUCAAAAGCUUGGUUAAUUCAAAGUUUCAAAAGAAAUUAUACUUAAGUACAAACAUAAAUUAAACAAACAGAAUGGCUUCUGGGCUGGAAUCGUAUGUAAAUCAUACGGUAUCAAUAAUAACAUCGGAUGGAAGAAAUUUUGUUGGAACUUUGAAAGGCUUUGAUCAAACUAUAAAUUUAAUAUUAGAUGAAUCACAUGAACGAGUAUAUUCAAGUACUGUGGGUAUUGAACAAGUAGUUCUAGGCUUACAUAUUAUUCGAGGGGAUAACGUAGCAAUUGUAGGACAAAUUGAUGAUGAAAUUGAUGCAAGAUUAAAUUUUAGUACGAUAAAAGCAGAACCAUUAAAUCCAGUUGUACACUAGUUUAUCAUUAUAAUAUUAUUUAAAUGUAUUUAUAAAAAGUCAU